CUUUUGUGUUGUUGUUUCUACCUGCUUGUUUCUAAAUAACUAGCUUUUACCACUCUCAGCUUUACACAUUUACUUGCGGACAGUGGUCAGUGGAGAUUCUAUUGUUACGGCAAAGCUGCUAAUAUUUACUGGUAAGCCACGUGAUGUACUCUCAUUACGGGGUUUCUCCCUUGUGUGACUUUAUUUUUCCUGCAGUUAAGGCUUGCCUCACUUUUUCCGUUUGCUUCUAUGCAUCACAGUAUUUUUUUCUGAAUGCUCUAAGAGAGCUGUCACAUGUAUCAAUCCUUUUUCUUCUUCGCCACAAAAUGUAUCAUUUCCAUGCCCUCCCGCCAUAGUCAUUUUUGUCCCCAUGUGGACUGCCCCUUCCACUUCACAAGUGUCGUCCUGCGUCUUCCCCUUGUGCCUUCACUGGGCAUUACCAGCUCUCUUGGGUCUCCUCUGAGCAACAGCUAACCCGGGAAUAGAGUUCUAAGUUUUCCUUAGAAUUUUCAAAGUUUUCCAUCAUAGUCUUCCACAAUCCAACCGGCUGUGAGCAUGAUUCUUAAUCCUGGGUUUUCUCUGAAAGCUUUUAAGAUCAUCUUCUUUUCAUCCGUGAUAUUUUGAAACUUCACAAUUAGGAACUUGUUCUGGGAGUGGGCAUGUCACUGCUCCCCCAUAUUCUAACCAUUUGGAGCCGUGCAGGUACUCACAGCAGUGUGGUUCCUCCUUUUCUUUUGUCGAGUGCUCAUUUGUCAACCACGCGUCUGUACCAGACACUUCCGGGCCCUGGCAGUAGAAUGAUGACUAGGACACAUGACUCCUGCCCUCAGGAGCUUAUAUUCUAAGGGCACAGACAGACAGACAUGCACUGAAAGAAAGACAAGAAUUAUACACGGCGAGAAGAGUUACUAAGAAAGUAAAGUAGCAGGCAGGGCAGCUCGGCAGGGCACCUGGGCUGUAAGCAGUCGAUUGGCUGGUCGGCCUGAACGUUGGCACAAGAAUCAGCGUUGGGGGAAGGAGAGUGGGAGCGAUGCGUUUGGUGGUGGUAGAAUGCGUAGAAAACUGGUCGAUGCUUGUGACAGCUCUGUUGGAGCAUUCAGAAAAAGAGUGCGUAGAAACCGUAGCUACUAAUAAAAAGGACAAACAGUAAUGGAAACAUACACCAUCGUGCUGAGGAAGGGUAGCUUACAUGAGACCUGAACGGGCAGCGAGAAGCGUGUUCCGCUGCCAUUUGGAGGAUGGAUUGAGACGAGCAAGAGCAGCAGCAGGAAGGCCAGGUGGGAGGUUGUCGCGGGUUCCAGAAGAGAGUCUUGGAGCGGUGGUCUCUCCCCGGCCUGGAAUCUGCUGUCCAGGACGAGGUGGAGAGAAGGGCCUGAUGGCUGCAAAACACCAGCCCAACGCCCCCAAAACCAAGAGUCCGGGCAGCGUGGCCAAUGGCGGGGCCGUGACUCAAGGACAGUGGGGCCGUGCCUGGGAGGUGGACUGGUUUUCCUUGGCGAGCGUCAUCUUCCUGCUGCUGUUUGCGCCCUUCAUCGUCUACUUCUUCAUCAUGGCGUGUGACCAGUACAGCUGCUCGCUGACUGCCCCGGUGGUGGACCUCGCCACCGGGCAUGCCCGACUCUCAGACAUCUGGGCCAAGACGCCGUCUGUGACGAAGAAAGCAGCCCAGCUCUACACCUUGUGGGUCGCGUUCCAGGUGCUUUUGUACGUGUCACUUCCUGACUUCUGCCAUAAGUUUCUGCCGGGCUACGUGGGCGGCGUUCAGGAGGGCGCCGUGACUCCCGCAGGGGUGGUCAACAAGUAUGAAAUCAACGGCCUGCAAGCGUGGCUCAUCACGCAUGCGCUCUGGUUCGCAAACGCCCACUUCCUGUCCUGGUUCUCGCCCACCAUCAUCUUCGACAACUGGAUCCCGCUGUUGUGGUGCGCUAACAUCCUGGGCUACGCAGUCUCCACCUUCGCGAUGGUCAAGGGCUACUGCUUCCCCACCAGCGCCAGAGACUGCAAAUUCACGGGCAAUUUCUUCUACAAUUACAUGAUGGGCGUGGAGUUUAACCCCCGGAUUGGGAAGUGGUUCGACUUCAAGCUCUUCUUCAACGGGCGCCCCGGAAUUGUCGCCUGGACCCUUAUCAACCUGUCCUUCGCUGCGAAGCAGCAGGAGCUCCACGGCCACGUGACCAACUCCAUGGUCCUGGUCAACGUCCUGCAGGCCAUCUACGUGCUAGACUUCUUCUGGAACGAAGCCUGGUAUCUGAAAACCAUCGACAUCUGCCACGACCACUUUGGGUGGUACUUGGGCUGGGGGGACUGCGUCUGGCUGCCGUACCUUUACACGCUGCAGGGCCUGUACCUGGUCUACCACCCCGUGCAGCUGUCCAUGCCCCACGCCGUGGGCGUCCUGCUGCUGGGCCUGUCAGGUUACUACGUCUUCCGAGUGGCCAACCACCAGAAGGACCUCUUCCGACGCACGGGUGGCCGCUGCCUGAUCUGGGGCAGGAAGCCCAAGGCCAUUGAGUGCGCGUACACGUCGGCCGACGGGCGGAAGCACCACAGCCAGCUGCUGGUGUCGGGCUUCUGGGGCGUGGCCCGCCACCUCAACUACACGGGCGACCUGAUGGGCAGCCUGGCGUACUGCUUGGCCUGCGGCGGGGGCCACCUCCUGCCCUACUUCUACAUCGUCUACAUGACCAUCCUGCUGACACACCGCUGCCUCCGGGACGAGCACCGCUGUGCCAGCAAGUACGGCAGCGACUGGGAGCGCUACACCGCCGCUGUGCCUUACCGCCUGCUUCCCGGAAUCUUCUAGAAGGUGGUCUCCGGGAGAAGCCCCCCCGAGGUGCUAUAAGGAGCGUUCAGUGCCAGUCUGUUCGGACAGACAUUCCAGCUCCACCCUCCAGAAGCCUCAGUUUCCUCCACUGCAAAAUGGAAAGCCUGGCACUUGGCAGGCGUCUCGGAAACGUGGGCGUGCUUCCCUUCCCCUCGUCCCGCCCACAUCAGCUGCCUUGUCACCAGCAGAAAUGACCAGUGUGCAGUCUCAGUGUUCUGAGUGUGUGAGGAUGACCCGUCACGUUUGGCAGCCCACAGAUGAGUGUUCCUCUUCUGUGCUGGGGGCCGUGCUGCCACGCUGCCCGGACAGACUCGUGUCUGACGCUGAGCGGGACGCCCUCCAGUCCCGGGUCAGGACUGCGCCUGUGCUGACUAAGGUGCAUGUGGAGGGUGCGCCGUGAUCAGCUCCAGAGCCCCCAUUGUGACCUGCUCUGUGACAGUGACUGCACCCUGUCUGCAUUCCUCCUUCCAGGGCACACGCCGUUGAUUUGUUGGGAGUGCUGGGGGACAGUGCACGGGGGCUCAGUCUCCUGGCCCAGCAGUUGAUUCCCUUUUGUUUUCCUUGUUGUCGUGGCUGCCAGGUUAAGGCAAGGGGACAGCCAGGGCUCUGCCUGCGCGGCAGACCUGACAUGGCUCCCAGCGCCCGCCUCCCUCUGAGCACCCGCCCGUCAGCCUUG